UUCGCAUCUCCACGCUCUCCCUCUCGAUAUCAUAUUCCAGGCUCCAGAAAUUUUCACAUAUUCUAAAUCUGUUGAAAAAAUUUACCCAGGAAAACAAAGUGAAAGAAAUGGAGGUCAAAUCUUCUGGUAAGGAACGGAGGAGGCUUUCUUCAUCGACACCCCCAAAGCGCCCUCUAACCCAGAAGCCCUCUACAUCUGACGAAAACGAUCAAUAUUACCAGCAAGUGGGCAACUCCAAUCUGCAGAGCCCCAAGAAACCAUUGACAAAGAACUACAUGUCACCAACUAUUUCCGCAGCUUCCAAAUCCAAGGCUACUGCUUUGAGAAAGAACAUCUUAGGGGAAAGAAACGAGGCCUCGGACCCCGAUUUUUCAAAUACCCAUGUUGAAAAAUCCCAUGUAGCUAUUGAUAAUGCUAGUGAGUCUUUGUCUCAAGCCCUGCCAAAAGCCCCUCCAAGUUUUCAAUCCCAUGAUGUUGAUGAGACUCUUUCUGACGAUUUGUCUUCAAGGCCAUAUGACCCGGUAACCAAUUAUCUUUCUCCGAGGCCUCAAUUCCUCCGCUACAGGCCGAACAGGCGCCAAGAGUUGUUUCUCGGGUUAGAAAAUGGUGUUGGGUUCAGUAUGAGUAGAAGUGCUUCGUUUGAUUCCCAGAAAUCCAUUGAUGAGGAAGUUGGUGCUGUUACAACUCCUAGUUCUUUGGCUUCGCCUCAUCAGGAUGGUCCUCUUGAGAAAGAAGAUGAGGAAGUUGAGUUGAAUGAUGAAGAAAAUGAGGGAAGUGAUGAAGAAAAUGAGAGAAGUGACGAGGAAGGCGGGGAAAGGGAUGAGGAGGAAUGUGAGGAGGUUGAGGAAGAGAAGGGCGGGAAAUUGAAAGGGGUAUUAAAAAGUUCGCUUCUUUUGUUGCUUAUAGUUCUCUUUGCCUCACAUAUGUCUCCAAUGAACCAUCAAAUACACUUUGAAGGCGUGGAAGAUGGGUAUUGUGGCAUUCAAAACACUACAAUAGAAGCUUCAUUGUUGAAGAAACUUGAAAGUGGUGGUACUCUCUGGGAUCAAAAAGAAGAAAGACAUACAGGUUUCGUGGAAAUAGUCAAGGGAGCUAAUGAAAUGGAGGUUGAGGAUGUUAUCGGUCGAGGUGAAGAUACGCAUAUUGAUGAAGAGAUCGAGGAUGAAGUGAAGGUUGAAGAUGAGAACUUGGGAGAUGUAGAAUUUGCUGAUGAGAUGAGAGAAGUGGUAGAGGAGCUACAAGCUGAAGAAAUCGAAGAAAAGAAAGUAGGAAUUGACGGAUUGGGUGAAGUGGUGGUGCUACUAGUUGAAGAUACUGAAAAGAUUUCUGAUACCAUGGUUGAGAAUUCUGAGUCGCAGGGUGCUGGACCUUCCAUGUCUGAUUUUGAUCAUGAGAAUUUAGUGUUUCAUGUUUCAAAUGCUUUAGAAGAAGAUAAGGUUGGAGGGGAGCAAAUUGAUGGAAUGGUUGAGAAAAAAAUGGAGGAAGCAGAAGAGUCUUCCACCAACAUGGCAGCUGAACCUGUUAUGCCAAAGACCAUGGAUAAUGAUACAGGCUUUGAUGAGGCUUACGAUUUAAAAGCAGAAGGGAACUGGAAGGAGGAGCUGAUCAAUUUCAUGAAAUCGAAAACAUUUUACACAACUGCUAUUGGGGUUUCCGUAUUUUCUGUGAUUGUUGCAUCCUUGGCGUCGGUGUUCCACUUUAAGCAAAGGAAUACUACUAAAAAGGAUUCUUCCCUGAUAGUAAGGCCUUCUGCUAAACCUCUGGUAAUAGAGCAGAAGAAAAUCAACGGGAACGUUUCUCCUCCGCCCUCAAAGCCGUAUUCUGAGACUGUGAUUGCAGAGAGAUACAACUCGGAACUUCCUAGUACAGGAGACGACAGCAUUGAGCAUGUUUACUCAUCUUUCAGAAGGAUGUCUCUGUCUUCCAAGCACUCAACCGGGGCAGUCCAUAGCCAGGCACCGACGGUUGAAUUGCUCGACGAGCUUGUGUUCGGGGAGGUCAGCAGCUCUUUAAGGAGUAUGACAGAAGGUGAAGAAAGCAACUAUUCUGUUUCUUCAAAGAAGUUGGGGAGCAAAGCUCAGUCAGUUUCUAUUCAAGCACAGCCAGCGGUGUCAGAGUUUUCUUCCAUGGAUUUGCACUCUUACGGAAGCUUCAGUACGCCUCGGAAGGUCAUGAAGAAAAAGGCGGGCAAUCAAGACGGAGAAGUUACAACUCCGCUGAGGCGAUCAAGCAGACUUCGCAACAAAAUGGUCACAUCUCCAUAAAUCAUCCGGGUGGAAAUCUACAUUCUGACAUGCACAAUAACACACAGCAACUAGGUUGUUUUGUAGUUCAGCAUUCUUCCACUGAAGAGUGUCUGGAGAGGUGAUGCUAGUUAGUCAUAGAGAAUUUGAUGUUUUGUAAGCAUUUGGUUCUUCAUUUGUAUUUCUAUAUUUUUAUUUGAAUCAAUAUGUUUGGUAUCUUCCCUUAGAAA